UCAUUUGCCCACAAUGGACCAACCUGAACAUACAACUAUGAUCGCACCCACAUUUUCCUGGUACGACUACCUAAUCUUUUCGGGAAUGCUCACGGUCAGUGUAAUAAUCGGAAUUUAUUUCGGAUGUUUCGGUAGUAAGCAAUCGACAGCAAACGAAUAUUUGAUGGGAAGCAAAAAAAUGCACGUUUUCCCCAUCGCUAUGUCUCUGGUAGCCAGCCACAUUUCGGGAGUAACUUUACUGGGAGUUCCUGCCGAUGUUUAUAAAUUUGGAGCCGCAUAUUGGCUGUGCGUUUUUGCUCUAAUAAUAGUGUCCUUUGUUACUAUUUUUGUUUAUUUACCCGUCCUUUACCAAGCGCAAAUUACCAGUGUGUAUGAGUAUUUGGAAAAGCGUUUUGAUCAGAAAACUAGAGUUUUUUCAUCGUUUCUUUUUGCUGUGUCUCAGAUUUUGUUUCUGCCGGUUGUGAUCUACAUUCCUGCACUUGCCUUUGCCGCAGCUACCGGAAUUAAUCUCCAUUUGGUAACACCGGUAAUCUGCGCUGUGUGUAUUUUUUAUACCACCAUAGGGGGCUUGAAGGCAGUCGUCUGGACUGACACCUUACAAUUCACUGUAACUUUAGGUGCUGUUACCACAGUUCUAGUCCUUGGGAUUAAAGCAACAGGAGGUUUUAGUAACGUUUGGCAGAAAGCAGUAGACGGAAAACGACUCGACUUUUUUGAUUUUGAGUUUGAUGUUACCAGAAGUGAUAAUUUUUGGGCCGCCUUUAUUGGACUCACUUUUUUAUGGAUUUCUCAAACUAACACUAGUCAAAGCUGUGUCCAAAAACUGCUCUCAGUGCCAACUUUAAAAGACGCAAAAUUUGCAACUAUCUAUUACGGAAUUGGGAUGAUUUUAGUAAAAACCGCUUCAGUGCUUAUAGGUCUUGUAAUUUACGCCCGAUAUUCCAUUUGCGACCCUUUUGAAACUCAUAAAAUUAUUAGAAAGGACCAACUUUUGCCCUUCUACGUCCUCGACGUUGCAGGAAAGGUUCCAGGUUUGUCGGGGCUGUUCAUAGCAGGAGUGUUCAGUGCCGGCUUGAGCACACUUUCAGCUCAUUUGAAUUGUUUAUCAGGGACAAUUUAUGAGGAUUUUGUUAGUAAAUUAAUCCCCAAAGAUAUAACAGAACGCACAAAAAGCAAUAUUCUUAAGUUAAUUGUGGUAAUCUGUGGGGCCAUUUGUACACUUUUAGUGUUUCUUUUUGAGCGUUUGGGAGGAAUUUUACCAUUGGUUAUAUCCUUCCAAGGGCUAACCGGAGGACCUUUGCUUGGAAUGUUUACUUUAGGAAUUUUAUCCCGAAGAGCUAACAGCAAGGGAGCGUUCUAUGGAGGAAUUUUUGGGAUAACAGGACUGGCGUGUCUUGUUAUUCCAGCUAAGUAUUUGCAAAGCCAAGGAAUGAUGCACAUUCCUGCUAAACCUAUUUCAACUGAUGGGUGCAACUUUAAUUUUACUAAAAUCUAUUCGAAUCAAACGAUUGAAAAUGAUGGACUUUUGAAACUUUUCAAAAUAUCGUACUAUUAUUACACCCUUUUAGGAUUUUUUUUCACUAUGAUUUUUGGUUUAAUUGUAUCGUAUUGUACAAAAGAAGAUGAGAGAACUCUACACGAAAACCUCCUAAGUCCUGUAAUUCAAAGAAAAGGAGUGCGGAAUGAAAAUAAUUAUAAUACUGUUGAAAACGCAUUAAAUUUAGUUACGUAUAACUCUGACAAAUUGUAAAGUAAUUAAUUCUAAAUAUAUUCAUUUUAUUGAACAAAA